AUGUUGCCACAAAGGGCCACCAAGGGAAAGGCCGGCAGAGAGGCAGAGACGCCCAGCAAAAGGAAGAGGGGUGAAAACAGUGAAACUGACCCUUCCCCAAUUUCCAGAGGCCAAUCAUCCAUCAAUGGCAGCAGAUUCUCUUUCCUCAUCGGUCACUACAGCAGCUCUGACUUCAAUGACAAGUACCAGAAGCUUCAGGAGGUUGGUGAAGGAGGCUUUGGAUCAGUCUACGCUGGCUUAAGAAAAUCUGAUUCUCUACCAGUUGCGAUCAAAUGCAUCCCAAAAGAUACUGUGAAGUUUGUAACAUUUGUCUUCGAGGGGCAGAAACAUCAAAUCCCCUUGGAGGUGCUCAUCAUGGUGGUAGCAGCAGGUCCAGCAGGCUUUAUGGGCAAAUCUGCAGUCGUACAGUUAUUAGAUUGGUACGAUCUGGGCGAGGAGGUUUUCUUGGUCAUGGAAAGACCGGUCCCCUGUGUCGACCUGUUUGACCACCUGAAGGAAAACGGUGAUCAACUGGACGAGCACAAGGCAAAGAUCAUCAUGAAGCAGCUGGUGGAGGCAGCCAUAGACAUGCACGCCAUGAAAACGUUCCAUCGGGACCUCAAACUGGAAAACAUCCUGAUCCAAACCACUUCUGAUGGUCCUCGAGUGCGGAUCAUAGACUUUGGAUGUGGCUGCUAUGCAAAAGACGGCCCUUACCACUCCUUCUCUGGAACCAGWRYGUWUGCUCCUCCAGAGUUKUUUUCAACUWACAGUUACGAGGCCGUCCCCACCACAGUCUGGCAGUUGGGUGCGGUGCUGUUUGAGUUGUUGGAUGGAAGCAUAGAGUUUGACACCAGAGCCUUCAUCCGCAGUGAGGUGAARAUCAGCAAWGAGCUGUCCCAAGAGUGCCAGGAUCUGCUGAACAUGUGUCUGGCUCCACAUUCUGACAAACGUGCAACACUGGAGCAGAUACGGGAGCACCCCUGGUUGUCAUGUUCCUGUGUGAACUGUGACAAAUGAAUUAUUUAUAACUGUGGUAGUGGGGAGUGGUUAGUG